ACAACUUCUCCGUAGUCACCUUAGCUGGAGGUCACGUCAAACCUCACGAGCUAGGACAUUUAACGUCGGUGUCGAGGCGGCCGGGCGGGCACGUCUCCGUUGCCAUGAGAACCUUCCAGUUUGUGUCAGCAACUGCCGCCUUGACGACGCCGUGUUUGCUCGGCGGCCCCAGGCGCGCGCCGCCACCGCCCGCCCCGGGGGUGCCGGCUGGGGUGCCCCCCGCGCCCGCCCGGCGUCCCGGCCUCCGGGGCAGCCGCGAGGUCCGACCCCGGCUCUCCGGCCGCGUUUUCAAGUCCGUAGUGAAAAACCUGCGCGGCGCCACGUCGUACCCACGGGCGGGGAGGGCGCCGGGCCUGCGAGUCCCCACGCGGGUCAGGAGGGAAGGCAGGGCCCGGGGCUCUCCCACUCCCUCGUCCCCCAAGGCCGGAGUGGGCCGGGAGGGAGAGGGGGAGGGGACGGGGACGCGUGCGGGGAGAGGGGCGGGCGCGCGCUCGGAGCCUCCCCCUCCCCAGCCCCCGCCGCGGGCGCUCCCGCCGUCGGGGUUCGGAGCCGCCGGUGCCCCAGGCCGGACUCGCGCGGGGCCUGGAGGGGGCAAGGACGCCGCGUCCUAGGGUGACGCCAGGCAUCUCCCGGGCGACGGCUCCGCAACAAGAUGGCGGACGAUAAAGAAAGGGGAGGCACAGAGAUAGCCGUAGCAGAAUAUCACAAAAAAAUCAAGGAGGCUUUUGAAGUGUUUGACCAUGAGGCGAAUAAUACAGUGGAUAGAGAUCGGAACAAUUAUCAGGUCGCUAGGGUGCUGCCCAAGUGAAGGAGAGCUCCAUGACCUGAUCGCAGAGGUAGAGGAAGAAGAACCCACUGGAUACAUUCGAUUUGAAAAAUUUCUUCCAGUGAUGACCGAAGUACUACUGGAGAGAAGAUACAGACCAAGUCCAGAAGAUACCCUUCUUCGAGCGUUUGAGGUGUUAGAUCCAUCUAAACGUGGAUUUCUGACUAAGGAAGAACUGAUCAAGUAUAUGACUGAAGAAGGUGAGCCUUUUUCUCAGGAAGAAAUGGAAGAAAUGCUGUCUGCUGCCAUUGACCCAGAAUCGAAUUCCAUUCAUUACAAGGACUACAUAGCCAUGAUGGUGGUGGAUGACAGCUAGGUUCUGGAGACGUAAUUUCUCACCGAAAGGAUGACCGUAGAGAUGGCCUGUCCCUAUUAAUUUCACAUCUUAUAAUUUCUACACAUGCUAAUUAAUGCCCAGUGACAACUAUUUCACAAUACUUUGUUUUUUAAAGAUGAACACAAAUUUAUUUGGUAUGUCUGCCUUAUGGAAUGACCAAUGGCUAAUUAUUUUAAAGCUUAUUCUUAAAAACAUUUUAACAUUAUCCGUGGAUUGUUGUGGAUUUUCUACAAUAAAACCCCGGUGACCUUCAAAUUCAUUACGCUGACAAAAUGAAGAAUGACCAGAAAUGAUCCAAGGUUUGGCAUAGAAAGAUCUUGGGUGACCACAAAGUGAGAACCAGUAUCAACGUGGUGAAAGCAACAAACAACAAACCUUCAGCAUCUGGAUGGGGAGGGGGAGUUGUUGAAAGGAAUGUUAAUAAUUAAUCCCUUAUGAGUGUCGAUUACAAAUCUCAUUUGAAAUGUUAGUAACUUAGUGUAAAAAUGUAAGUGUGCUGAUCCAGCGUGUUACCACUGUGCGGAGUAGCGAAUGGAGUUGAGGUCACUGAAUCUAGAGACAAGAAGACUGAAUGGAAAUUGACAACAUAAGGAGUGACCGUUCUCUUCCGGUCUUUAGAAUUCUUAGCUAUUCUUUUUUUUUUUUUUUAAGAUUUUAUUUAUUUAUUUGACAGAGAGAUAGAGAGAGAGAACAAGUAGGCAGAGAGGCAGGCAGAGGGAGAGGGAGUAGCAGGCUCCCCGCCGAGCAGGGAGCCCGAUGCGGGGCUCGAUCCAGGACCCUGGGAUCAUGACCUGAGCUGAAGGCAGCUGCUUAACCAACUGAGCCACCCAGGCGCCCCUAGAAUUCUUAGCUAUUCUAAUCGAAUUUAAAUUAAAAAAUAAACAAAAAAAGAAUUCUUAGCUAUUCAGAAUAGCUGCUGUGAGAAUAUUGCUCUGAAUACUGAGUAAGAAUAUUGAGAAAUUGUGUGGUAUGGAGGAGCUACAGCUGUGGGAAAAGCAGAAUAAAGUCUGAACACAAGGAAUCAUGAUGGAGAAAGACCCAGGGACUUACAAGCAAAGGGCAAAAUAAGGUGAAGGAAAAUGAAUAAUCUUCCAUAACCUAUGUUGUUCUGUCAUGCAUACACAGUGAUUUCUAUUUGAAGAUGCUUCCUCCUCUAUUUGAAGAUGCUUCUCCCCAACAUUUGAUGUUGCUUACGAUUCUUCCUCCUAGGUAUGCAAGACAGGGGGCUGCUACUGGAGAGAUGAUUUAUCACUGUUUGUUCAUUGGUUCAUGAAACAUUUAUUGAGUAUUAUUAGGUACUCUGUUAAGAACUGGAGUCGCGAGGUGGCUCCAUCCCUAACCCAUGAAGGUCACGGUUUAGUGAGGGAGAUCGGCAAGUCAGUCAGCAACCACAUUUCAGCCUGGGGCACAUUCAGGGUGCUGUUGAAGUGCAAAAGAGGGCAGCUCACUCGGCCUGGUGGGUGAGUUUCUGGGUGAGGAAAGGGUCUAGUGAGCAGAAAGGGCCUCCCAGAUCAGGUGACACCUAAGGUAGAGGCGAGUAGUUUACUAAGCUGGUGGCGGGACACAGGGGGUUUCCAUAGGGGAGCAGUGAGUACAGACACCCUGGGGGUGUCCUAAAACAUGGAGCACUCUGGGAAUUGAAGGUAGUGUAGGAGACUUGGGGAACAUGAUGAGAGAUGAAGUUGGGGUGGUAGAGAGGAGCUGUAUCAUUAAGGAUAUCGGGUUGGUCAUACAGUUAGGUUUUUCGUGUUAGAAUUUGGACUUUUUCUGAAGAUCACAGAGAAAGAUCAUUUGUAAAUUGUAUGGAAAAUGAUCUUGAAGAGUCGAGACUAGAAGCAGGGAGACUAGGUGGUAAGGGACUUGGUUGGUGGAAGGGGAUAGGUUGGGA